CUGUGCAAUCAAGUAGAUAUAAUCAGUUAAGAUAAGAGCAAACUUUGCCCAUUAAUCUGAAUGUAAAAAGGAAACAGCAGUGAGAAAGGGAGACCAGACCUGACAAAGGGAGAGAAUGAGAGAAGGUGCUCAGGAUUUCAUGAGGAUAAAUCUAACAACAAAAGUCGAGAUUAUCCCUAAGCGGGACGCAGAGCAGAUCUGUGUGUAAGAGACAACAGAACGGAUACAGGCAUGUGGAAUUUCUGGGUGUGUCUGUGUGUAUUUGCAUGCUCUUUGCAGGCCAUGCCUCUCAUCAGAAACAAGUUCUUAGAUUGCAGCAAGGUGCUGCUGGUCUCCUUUGACGGGUUCAGGUGGGAUUACGACAAAGACGUAGACACGCCUCACCUGGACCAAAUGGCUCUAGAUGGGGUGAAAGCAACUUUCGUGACACCAGCCUUUUUUACCAUGACCAGUCCUACUCACUUCACAAUACUUACCGGUAAAUAUAUUGAGAAUCACGGUGUGAUACACAACAUGUGGUUCAACACCAGCUCGUCUGAGAAGAAGCCGUACUAUCAAACGCAAUUUGUGAACGAGUGGUGGGAUAACGGCAGCCUGCCCAUCUGGAUCACUGCUCAAAGACAGGGUCUCCGAGCUGGCUCACUUCACUUCCCUGGCACAGCUUCAACCUACGAUGGUGAGAAAGCAGUGGUGUCUGAAGUGGAGCCUCGCUUCUAUGACUACAGCAAUGAGACGGUAUGGCGCCAGAACAUUGACAAGAUCAUGGAUGUCUGGUUUAGAGAAAAAGACCUGGACUUUGUGGCCUUGUAUUUCGGAGAGCCAGACGGCAUAGGCCACAAAUAUGGUCCAGAUUCAGAGCAACGCAGGAAGAUGGUGAGACAGGUGGACCGAACGGUGGGAUACCUCAGAUCUGCAGUCGAGCACAACGGCCUCACCCAGUGUCUCAAUAUCAUCAUCACUGCUGACCAUGGCAUGACUACGGUGUUACGUGGUGGUGAGGUGAACGAGAUUGUACUCUUCAAGAUCCCAGGAUUCUCAUUCCAAGAUCUAGACUUCCAUCUGGUGGACUACGGGCCAUCUGGUUUGCUCCUCCCUAAAGCAGGAAGGCUGGAAAAAGUGUACAAUGCCCUGAAGGGUGCUCAUCCACACCUCCAUGUCUACAAAAAAGAGGAAAUGCCCUCCAGACUGCACUUUGCUCAAAAUGACCGCAUAUUGCCCAUUAUCCUAUGGGCCGACUUGGGAUAUGUCAUUAAUGGGUACCUCCCAGUGCAGUUCAACAAAGGAGAGCAUGGCUUUGACAAUGACGAUUUGGACAUGAAGCCUUUCUUCCGCGCAGUGGGACCUGCCUUCCGGAAGAAUCUUAUAGUAGAGCCGUUUGAGACAGUGCACAUAUACUCACUGAUGUGCCACCUGCUGGGCAUCACACCUGAACCCAACGACGGACACCUGAACGCCACGCGUGCCAUGCUGCUCUCCUCUGAGCAACCUCAGGAAAAAAACUCUGUCCUGCCCGGAGUGUUCAUUGGCCUCGGGGCUGUGGCUGGUUUGCUGCUGAUCUUGUUUGUUGUCAUGGUGACCCGCAGCGUCCUUAAGCGCAGGAGGAAAAAACAGAGAGCUGGUAGUUGUGAAAAACCUGAAGGUGAUGACAGAAAACAAACAUCAUUUUAGCCUGGUGUUGCAUUUGUACCUUCUUGCCCAAUCCACUGGGCAGAAAAUUAGGAAAUUUCAAUAAACCACAACCAAAAAACAAAUAAAUUGUCUCC